AUGAGACCCACACAGCAGGCGCCAAAGGAGGCCAACACUGUUUUCUCCAAUAAGGAGAACUCGGCCCCGACACCUCGCAAGUCACACAAGAAUGACGACCAGGCCGCUUUGAUGGAGCUGCGAGCCCGCCGAGAAGCAAAGUCUAAGAACCCAAGGCUCCCGAACUGGGCUAAGGAAGCAGUUGCGAGCCAAGGACGUUCUACCCCUUCAACUUCUGCAUCACCAGCACCAGCAGCUGCACCUGUUCGACGUGCAAAGAACCCGUUCCAAUAG